CUCUGCUCCCCGCGCACCCGGAGAAGCGUCCUGCUGAGCUCCCCUGCAUAUCGGCCACCGCUGGGCCACACUAGGAGGACAGGCAGGAGAGAGAAGCCACAGCAGGGGACAAAGGGCACAAUAAGGGGGGAGGUAAAAAAGGAUUGGAAGACGUGAAGAUGGCGACAGGGAUGAGCUGGCAUCAGCAACAGCAUUACUACGGCGGAGGGGCUUCUACCAGUACUGCCAAGUUCGUGCCCUCCUCUCCGGGGGUGAUGGCACAUCAAGCUGGACUGAGUAUGGAGUACACCGCAGAACUGCACCUUAAGAUGAGCAAGAAGAUCGCGCAGCUGACUAAGGUCAUAUAUGCCUUAAAUACUAGGAAUGAUGAGCAUGAAUCAGGAGUACAAGCCAUUAAAGAAGCCCAUGAAGAAGAAAUUCAGCAAAUUCUUGCUGAAACCAGGGAAAAAAUAUUACAAUAUAGAAAUAAAGUGUCAGAGGAAACAGAGCUAAAAAGAAAAAUACAAGCACUGGAAGAAUCCUUAGAGGAACAUAAAAAGAUGAAACACCAAGCACUUACUGAAUUUGAAGUUUACAAACAUCGAGUAGAAGAUAUGCAACUUUGUGCAGAAGCCCAACAUGUGCAGAGAGUUGUUACCAUGUCCCGAGAGGUGGAGGAGAUAAGGAAGAGGUUUGAGGAGAGGAUACGGAGUUUUAUGCAGCUUCAGGUCCAGUUUGAAAAAGACAAACGCACUGCCCUUGAAGAAUUGAGAGCAACUCAUAGAUUAGAAAUUCAGGAGCUCCUGAAAGUUCAACACAGUCAAAAUGCUACUUUAAAUAAGGGCCAGGAAACACUUGAGGAAAUGCAUCGAUUACAAGUGGAAGAAUUGAAUAAAAAGUUGGAAGACCUACGUCUCGAGAGGAAAAAGUUAGUAGAAGAUUAUGAAGGGAAGUUGAGUAAAGCUCAGGCUUUCUACGAACAUGAAUUGGAAGCUUUGAAAAGGUCUCAGCACUUCACUGCUGAGAGUUUGCAUGCCUGUAAGCAGAAAGAAGCAGAACUGAAGCGAGAAUUUCAAACUCAAGAAGCUGUCUUACAGAAGAACCUUGGGAUCCUUAAAACUGAAUUCCAAGUUGUACAGGAAGAAGCAGGGAGUCUUAGAGAAAAGUGCCAAAAACUACAAGCUUCUCUGGCUACAGCAGAGAACAAUGUUCAGGUCCUUCAAAAACAGCUGGAAAAUGUGAAGCAGGAGGAGAUGUCUUUACUUAGCAAACAGAAGGACAUGGAAAGUGAACUAGCAGCUGCUCGGGAGCGACUACAGCAGCAGGCUACAGAACUUGUGUUAAAAGCCAGUCACAUUGGAAUGCUGCAAGCUACACAGAUGACACAAGAAGCCACCAUACAAGACCUGGAAUCUGAAAAAGCUAGGAUAAAGGAAAAAAUAGUUAGACUAGAAGAAGAACGGGCUAUGCUGCAAAGUAAAAAUCAAAACCUGGAUGAACGCCAAAGGCAGCAGAUCCUUGCACUGGAAAAGAAGAUCAAUGAAGCGAAGCAAAACCAACGUGAAUUUUAUGAGAAAGAGCUGAUUAACCUGCGCAUCAAAUUUGAGGAGGAGACUGUACAGCUAAAAGAGGCCCAUGCAAAGACUUUAGAGGAGAUGUCAUGGAAACAUCAAGAAGCGCUCGAGGCAGCACAAACCUCUACAAAUAAGGAGAAGAAGAGGCUACAGAUGGAACUUCAGCAGCAAUAUGAAAAGGAGAGACUGGGUUUGGAAGAGGAUAAAAGUCAACUGAGGCAACAACUUGAAAGCCUAAAGGAAGAGCUGACGAACAAGCUGGCGACCGCCAAUCAGGAGAUUUGCCGUCUUCAAGACUUGGUGAAAAAAAGUGAACAAGGACUUGGUUCAGCAGAAUGUCACAUCACAAGUCUUAAGGAUGCUCAAGACAGGCUUCAGAAUGAGUUGGAUGUGACAAGAGAGCGACUGAGAGAGACAAGUGAUUCCUUGUUUGCUGUUCAGAGUGAGCUGGAAAAGGAGAGACAGCAAAAUGAAGCUAUCAUUUCUGGCCUGCGGGAAGAGGAAAGAUUAAAGAUUGAGAAGGUUGCCCGUGAUCUGGAACUGAAAUGGACUGAAUCCCUCAGGCAAGAAUGUAAAGAGUUACGGGAAGAGCUGAGGGUGCAGCAUGAGGAGGACAAGAAGUCUGCUCUGGCCCAACUAACACAGCUCAAGGAGCGGGAAAUACACACUGCUAAGGAUAACUGGCAAAAGAAAGUGGAGGAUCUGCUUGAGCAGAUCUCCCUGCUGAAACAGAACCUUGAGAUGCAGCUGUGCCAGUCCCAGAAUUCUCUGCAGCAGCUGCAGUCGCAGUUUGGUCAAGAGCGACAGCGUCUAACCCGAGAGCUCCAAGAGUUGGAGGAGGAACAUCAGCAGAGGCAGAAGUCACUGAAGGAAGCCCACAUGUUGGCGUUCCAAAGUAUGGAGGAUGCAAAGGAUCAAGAACAGAAAGAUCUGGAAGAUCGUUUACAUCAAAAGUACUCUGAGGAGCUGCAGUCUGUGAAAGAUGCCCACAAACAAGUCAUGGACAUGCUGCGACUGGAGAUGGAACAGGAGCUUCAAACCCUCCGCUUUGAGCUGGAAGAUGAAGGCAAAGCCAUGCUAGCAUCCUUGCGCUCUGAACUGAAUCACCAGCAUGCAGCAGCCAUUGACCAGUUGAGGAAUCAUCACCAGCAGGAGUUGGAAGGUUUUGCAGAUGAGCUUGAGAGGCAUAAAGAGUUCAGCAGACAUCAGGAGACCGAGUAUUUUGGACGAAUAGCAGAACUUGAGAAACAGCUCAAGCAUCAAGAGCAACAUGUUUCCAGUCUAAACAAGGAGCUGCUGAUACUUCAUGAGAGCAUUAACACGCUGACUAAAGAGCUGGAAUUCAAGGGAAAAGAGAUCCUCCGAAUACGCAGUGAAGCCAAUCAACAAAUAAGGACACAUGAGCAAGACUUAAACCAGAAACACGAGGAAGACAUCAAUGACUUAACUGCAGCCCACAUCCAAGAGAAGCAAAUUUUAAUGGCAGAUUUUGCAAAGACACAAGCAAUGCUCGUGGAAAAAAAUUCUGCCUUGCAAGUUUCGUUAACAGAAAUGGAAGAAAAAUACCAGAACAGAGAGUCAAGACCAGAGGACCUCCAGGUCAUCUCUGAAUUAAAGGAGAUGAUAGCAGAACGGGACCAGCUUAUCAAGAAACUGAUUGAAGACAAGAAGUUCUACCAACUGGAACUAGUGAACCGAGAGACUAACUUCAACAAAGUCUUUAAUGCAAGUCCUAACGUUGGCAUUAUCAAUCCUCUAGUAAAGCAAAAGAAGAAGAAUGAUAAGUCCACAAACAGGUUUGUGAGUGCCCCUAACCUAAGUGCUGUGGAGACUAGUGGAAUGGGAAAUGGACAUCCAACCCGCCUGGAACCCAUUCCAAAUUCACCCAUCCACGAUAUUGAGUUCAACAGCAGCAAGCCUCUCCCACAGCCUGUCCCACCCAAAGAGGCCAAAACCUUUUUGAGCCCUCCCCAGACUGAGACAUCACCAGUGGCGUCACCAGAUCCACAACGCCAGGAAUGGUUUUCCCAAUACUUCACUUUCUAAGAGACUGUAUUUGAUAAUGUCUCUCUUUCUAUUGUGGCACAGCUUUGAUGUGGACUCUUUGUACAAGCAUGACCAUACCAAACCCUUAUGACGUGACCAAGCUUUGCCGUAACUACUGUUUGUUCCAACACUGUGAACGAGAGUGUCUGUCUCCAGUUGGAAAUGCAUUGUUCAAUAACACUCUGUGUUUGAUUUCCUUCCAGUGAAAACCUCCUUUACAUUUUACAAACAGGAAGAAAAAAAAACGGAAUUUUAUAGAAUAACUGUGCUACCUCCUUGCCCUAUUUUUCCCUUCUUUUUUAUUUUCUGCCAAGCAUAAUUACUUCAGUGCUGGAAUAAUCUGCACCACAUUGCUCUGCACUGAUGUUAUUGAGAUGCCUUCUUAGUAGAUCCAGCCGCACGGCUAAAAUGUCUAGAAAAGACCAUUGUAGUUUCCGUUAAAUCCUGUUUAAUAGUUUGACACCAGAAAUAACAAUGUGCCUGGAGUCAGAUUCUCAGCUUCUGAUUGGUAUGUAUAUACUAUGUAUGGCUAUUGUAUUCCUAUUGUUACAACAUCAA